GCUUAUUACACAUAUGAUUUUAUGAAAUAUGGUAUAUGUUACAUGUAUCCAAAUUUCUUGGCGGGUUUUGGGUCAAGGGUCGAAACCCAGCCGGCGAUUUUGGCGAGGUCUAGCGCUCACUAACUUGGUGGAUGGUGAUGGUGGAUCGCAUUUGGCAGCCCAUCUCACGUCUUAGCGCCCCGAGACCCGUCGUUUUUCUUCACCCAAGUGACUAUCUUUCCUAGUUUGACCUCAGUCGAUUUUCGGACCGUCCGAACGGCGCUCGGAGCGGGCGUCUGGGUGUGAGAUCCCCGAGCGUCGGCCCCAACGGCUGGGGAUCAUACUGUACACGCACGAGGCAGCCGUAUCACCAUUGUCGUUGCCUUGCAUGGCGAUCAUGUACCAAUCAUGGGUUGAUAUACAGCCAGCUCGCAGACUUCCUCACGACUGCCUCUUUUGCCCCAUUACCGACGCUCUCCCGCCGAACGGAACGGAAGAGGUUCGACCAAGACCUUCCCUAGCAUGGCAUCGGAUCUCGAGACAACUAGUGUAGUGGUCGUCGGGGCAGGCCUAUCCGGCCUCCAAGCCGCACGCUCGCUUCAAGACGCGGGUUUUGCCACGGUGGUCCUGGAAGCCCGGUCGCGUGUUGGCGGAAAGACAUGGAGCAUUCCAGCCGGCCCAGAUGGCCGCGGCGUGGCAGACUUGGGCGCCGAGUGGCUCAACGAUACUACUCAGCCUCAUGUGUACCAACUCGCCAAGUCCCUCGGCCUCGAAUUCACGGGGGUUAAGGCGGAGGGCGACGCGAUCCUGCAGCUGAACGGCGAUAGACUGGAUCACUCUGUUAUCAGACAUCCGUACGGCGAGCAAGCCCCGCUGCCUGGUAACGAGGAUCAGGUCGUUCAUCGUAUGAAGGAGCUGUUCGAGGAGGAAUACAGUAAGAUCGACCUGACGAGGUGCCACGAAUGCGACCACGAUGAUAUCACGCUUGAAGACUUUGUUCGCAGUCGCGGAGGGAGCCCGGCCGCGCUAGCGACCGUCGCCGUGUGGACACGAGUCAUGCUGGGCUGCGAGCCCGGCGAGCUGAGUGCGGCGUCAUUCUUUGUCUACUGCCAGAGUCAGGGUGGACUGAUGAAGAUGAGGUCGGGGCAAGUUCAGGGGAGAUAUCUCACCGUCAGAACAGGCACCCAAUCGAUCGCGGAGGCGCUGGCAGCAACCCUAUCACCGGGAAGUGUCAGGCUCGACACGGCGGUCAGAUCGAUCGUGCAGAGCUCGAAUGGUGUGGUCGUUCGCACCACGGCUGGACACGUCUUCCGAGCCCGGAAGGUCAUCGUGGCAUUCUCUACCCCGUUGUACAGCAAGGUCAACUUCGAUCCCCCAUUGCCUGAGGGAAAGGCGCUUCUAGCGAACUCCACUGUUUUGGGAUACUAUACCAAGGUCAUGGUCUCCUAUAGUAGGCCAUGGUGGAAAGACAAGGGUCUCAGCGGUGCCUCGCAGUCGUUCGUGGGACCUGCAGCCGCGACUCGAGAUACCAGUGACUACUCCUGCUCGCAUUUCCGCCUGACAAGCUUCAUUGCUGGUCAACCCGGACGAGAAUGGUCUCAAUUACCUGCGGCUGAGAGGAAGGCAACGGUCUUGCGGCAAUUGGCCCACUUGUUCAAUAGCGACACUGCCCACCAACCGACUGAGUAUAUCGAGCAGCAAUGGUCGUCCGAGGAAUGGAGCAUGGGUUGUCCAUGUCCCUAUACCCCUCCCGGACUGCUAGGAAAGGCGGCUGAAUUUCUCAUCGAGCCUCAUGGACAUGUACAUUUUGUGGGCACCGAGACGGCAGUGAAGUGGAAGGGCUACAUGGAAGGGGCGUUAACAGCGGGGAUCAGAGGAGCAGCGGAGGUGACAAACCUGCUCAAGGGCGUGGCAACUUGA